GGGCCGCGUCGCCCCGGCCUCAUUCUCGAUCUCCCUGCCGUCGUCAACCGAGACUCGUCUCUCUCUCUCUCUUUCUCGCUCUCUCCCGUGUCCAUGUGCUCCAGUGCACCCCCGAGUCCUGCCCAUCGCAGUACGACGUUCCCCUAUAAAAAUCCCACCCAUCUGACCCCACGGCCACUCGCCUCGCUGCGGCCCUAUUGGCAUCAACGCCGCAAAUUGCGCCGAGCACAUGCACCCCUGCCUCCCUCAUGUCCCUCGCGCUGCCCAUGGACCCUCAUGGUGGUGGUGGUCACCAGGCACCAUUGACCGUCAGCCACGGCACACCCCUGCAUCCCCCAUGAGACUGAGACGCAUGUCAUGCCUUGGCGGGAAGAGUUGAGACGUUGAGACGUG